CCACGCAUUCCCGGAAGCAGCGCCCCAGAGCCCGGAGCUCAGAGUCGCCGUCAUGCCGAGACACGAGUUCUCCGUGGACAUGACCUGUGAGGGCUGCUCCAAUGCUGUCACGCGCGUGCUCAACAAGCUGGGAGGGGUGCAGUUUGACAUCGACCUGCCCAACAAAAAGGUGAGCAUUGACUCGGAGCAUGAUGUGGACAAACUACUGGAGACGCUGGGCAAGACCGGCAAAGCUGUGUCCUACCUGGGGCCCAAGUAGGGGCUGGCCUGUGCAAGAUGGACCCCUUCGACCCCGCAGGCAGGUCCCCGGCCUGUGCCCGCCCUCCUGCCAGUCCUCUGGACCUAGGGACCAGAAGACACUCUUCCUGCAGAGAUGCACCCUGCAUCCCCCUGGGCCCCCAACAAUAAAGUUCAACAGCCCUGUCCGGA